UUACUUGGAAAAUAUCGGGAUGGUACGGCGCGAGAUUUGUUAGUUUUGCAUAAUAAGAGCCCUCAAUGGAACGAAGAAACUCAGUCAUUUGUGCUAAACUUUAAUGGCCGUGUCACUCAAGCAUCGGUCAAAAACUUUCAGAUCGUGCAUGACAACGAUCUGGAUUACAUUGUCAUGCAAUUUGGUCGUAUCGAGCGUGAUCAUUUCACCAUGGAUUACAAAUACCCGAUUUGCUUACUACAAGCUUUCGCUAUUGCAUUGACCUCAUUUGACGCCAAGCUGGCAUGUGAGUAG